AUGGCCGCGAACGCCCUUCCGCAGUGCCCGGCGUCCCGAAUGGACUUUCUUAAGGCCUCGCACUUCGCGCUGGGGCCGGACCCGCGGCUGCACCGGGACACUCAGCUCUCCACUUCGCACCGCCACUUCCCUGCGCACCGCCUGGCUGCGCGGGCGAAGCAGAUCCCGCCCCCGCCGAGCGCGCAGCUCUUCCCACCAGACUGGGGCUGCACCGCGGAGGGGUGCGUGUCGGAGGCGCGCGGCGCGUUCACGCCGCCAGCAGGGGCUGAGGGCCCGCGGGAGCGCGCCGCCGCCUCGCGCCGCCGCAGCCUAAAUCUGUGCGCGGACGCAGGCGCCGGGCCCGUCCUCCCCAGCACGCACGCCGCCUAUGGCUGGCCCGAGGUGCGGGCGCGCGCCGGGGAGCGGAUCGGCGGCGCGCGCCUCAUUUUCGACCUGGACUCUAUGCCGCCAGGCGACAGGGACAAGCUGCGCAUACCCCCCAGCACGUAUCGCUCGUUCUUUCCGCCCCACGACGCGCGCCCGCAGCCACGCGCGCAGAGCUGCCAUCUGGAGGUCUCCAAUACCCUCAGGUGGGAUUAUGAGGGGCAGAAAGAAACCUCCUACAAGGAACAGUUCCAGGCCCUGCCAGGCCCACCUGCCCUGAUGUGUAAGAGGGCAGCCUCCUCCGUGCACCUGGGAGACUGCAACAUUGGCUACAGCCCAGUGUGCUCAGAGCUGAAACAGGCCCACACACCCCAAGGGCUACCUCCGGACAGGUACAACAAGGCCCAGGCGGCCUCCCGCAUCCACUGUGUGAGUAUUGCCUCCGGAGACGGCCUCUUCCACGACAGGACAACUGUGACAGACCACUUCUACGCAAGGGACCCAGAGCCCUUCUUUCUCCACCAUGAUAAGACUCUGAAAUCGCACAUCCUGGAAGGAAACUGGUGCCCUGGCCCUGGAAGCCUGAUAACCUCCACACAGGAUUUCUAUGGCCAGCCACCACCUUCGACCCAGCCACCCAGCCGCCACGUGGCCCGUGAGAAACUGCAGAAUCACAUAACUCUCGGAGAGCCAAAGCUGCUCGGACACUUCUUCCAGACCACCACGAGCUCGGCCUACUGUGCCCCAGAGGGGGCGCAACCGCAGAAGGCACCCAACCUCCACUUGAGGAAGAGCAACGUGCUGCAGAACAGGGGCGAAACGGACUUUGCGACCACAAACCAGAGGAUGCUGAAGCCUCACGGAACAGCGGGAGCGCGCGUGACUGAAGAGUUGCUGCGAAGGUGUAAGUACCGCCACCUGGAGUUCCCGCUGCGGGGACAGCGCUUCUUCUCCACCCAAUACACGGAUGAAUUUCCCUGCAAAUACCAGGGCCCCGCAGUACUGAGACUGAGCAACUCCCAGGAGAGCUACGUGCCACUGGGCACACCCCGCCAGCGGGGCUGCCCGAAAGGGGUGGUAGACCCUCAGGCCCCCCAGCUUCCUAUCUACCCCUGCCCCAGCCAGCAAUAA